UUGACCUGGUGUGAUAGGGAAGAUUUAGCUGUUAGGACUGGGAGAAAGACGGAUGGAAGUAUGGAAGAAUAAAAGCAAGUCCUGUUCCUUGAGGCAGCCGGUGCUGACCCUGUAACCCAAGGGAGGAAAUAGCAGCUGACUCAGCUGUGGUACUGGUGGCCACCAUGUCCCUGAAGAUUCAGACGAGCAACGUAACCAACAAGAAUGACCCCAAGUCCAUCAACUCGCGAGUCUUCAUUGGAAACCUCAACACGGCUGUGGUGAAGAAGUCCGAUGUAGAGACCAUCUUCUCCAAGUAUGGCCGUGUGGCCGGCUGCUCCGUGCACAAGGGCUAUGCCUUUGUCCAGUAUGCCAACGAGCGCCAUGCCCGGGCAGCUGUGCUGGGAGAGAACGGGCGAGUGCUGGCCGGGCAGACCUUGGACAUCAACAUGGCCGGAGAGCCCAAGCCCAACAGACCCAAGGGGCUCAAGAGAGCAGCAUCUGCCAUAUACAGUGGCUACAGCUUUGACUUUGAUUACUACCGGGACGACUUCUACGACAGGCUCUUCGACUAUAGGGGCCGUCUGUCACCUGUGCCAGUGCCCAGGGCGGUCCCUGUGAAGCGACCCCGGGUCACAGUCCCUUUGGUCCGGCGUGUCAAAACUACCAUACCUGUCAAGCUCUUUGCCCGCUCCACAGCCAUCAGCAGCGGCUCAGCCAAGAUCAAGUUAAAGAGCAGUGAGCUGCAGACCAUCAAGACAGAGCUGACACAGAUCAAGUCCAACAUCGACGCCCUGCUGGGCCGCUUGGAGCAGAUUGCCGAGGAGCAAAAGGCCAACCCAGAUGGCAAGAGGAAGGGUGAAAGCAGUGGUGGUGGCGGAAGCAGCAACAGCGGUGGUGGUGGCAGUGGCGGCGGCUCCAGCAGCGGUGGCGGUGGCAGUGGCAGUAACAGCCGGCCACCAGCCCCUCAGGAGGACACAGCUUCCGAGGCAGGCACGCCCCAGGGAGAAGCCCAGGCUCGCGAUGAUGGCGAUGAGGAGGGGCUGCUGACACACAGCGAGGAGGAGCUGGAGCACAGCCAGGACACAGAUGUGGAGGACGGUGCCUUGCAGUAAGCAGCCUGACAGGAAUGAAGGCCACCGGCAGAAGGGCAUGCAUCUCUGGGUGCCUACUCCCAGUGGGUACCAGAGGAGAGCUGGCAGCCUCCCCGUGCCCCCGCACACCCUCCUCGUCUGUACUGCCCCGGAGCACAGCGGUCUCCACACCCCUGCCUCUCCUCCCCAGGACUCACCCAGGUGUGGGGUUUUUCUAUAGAUUGGAAGAAGGAGGGACCCUGACAAUAAAGAGAUUAGAUCCCA